UAAUUUUCACAAAUAUUUUAUUCAGUCGAUUCUUAAAGUAUGAUUUGGGUUUCCACAGGCUGUCUGAAUUAUUACUAGGUCUUACUGUUAAUGAAAAGUCUAAUCUCCUUCCUUUUUCUAUUCAGAAAUGUUGUUAAAUAAAAGGCAUAACAUUCUGCCGGAAAUUCAAAGACAUUUACUGAACUCUUGAUUUAUGGUUAUUUUAUUUUGGUCACAAUUUCCGAGCUGCUUCUCAGCGGAAAUUAUUUCAUCCCAUCUUUGUCUUUCUGAUGCAGUUAUUUUUAUUAUUGUGCUGUGCCUUUUCUGCUCUCAUGGCGUCGCCAUCCGCCUUAUAACGUGAAGAUUUGUCUCCUCCACUCUUUGUUAAGACUGAUUCAAGGGCAUUUUUUUUCUCAUUUCGAGUCAGCUCGUGCUUUGCGCUCUGUUUUCCUGGAAGCUGCGUUUAUUUCCAUUUUAACAGACAGGAUUCCUAAAUAUCAAGUCGGGGUUGCAUUUUCUUCACUAAUCCACCUUCUCUCGUCCAUCAUGGAGCCUCGAAUUACUUUCUUUGUUUUCUUUUUAUUGGGGAAUGUCGCAAAUGGUGAUGUGAGCUUUUCGUUUCAAGAGGAAAUGAAGCGUGGAUCUGUUAUUGGAAACAUAGCGAAGGAUCUGAGUCUGGAUUUGCGUAAACUAUCAUUUAGAAAUGCUCGCGUGGAUGCGACAGGAAACCGCAAACAUUACUGUGAUGUAAACGUGAGCACAGGAGAUCUAAUAGUGGCCGAGAGGAUUGACCGAGAGGAGCUUUGUGGAGAAAAACAGUCGUGUGUGAUCAAACGGGAUCUUGUUCUGGAAAAUCCUCUUGAACUGCAUCCUUUUAAUCUCCAUAUUAAGGAUAUUAAUGACAAUUCUCCGCUGUUUAAUGAAGCGUCUUUUAAAAUAGAAAUUCGGGAGUCGGCGAUUAAAGGAGCUCGGUUUGUGAUCGAGGAGGCGCAUGAUGCGGACGUAGGACAGAAUGCAGUUCAGGAGUACAGCCUCGAACGUAACGAUCAUUUUAUUUUGGAUUCUGAUGGAAAUAAGAUAGAGCUUGUUCUAUAUAAGGAGCUUGAUCGUGAAAAGGGGAAGGAAGUAAAUUUAUUGCUGACAGCUUUAGAUGGAGGAUCUCCUCGGAGAUCAGGUACAGUAGUCAUUCAUGUCUCUGUGCUGGAUGCUAAUGAUAACGCCCCAGUGUUCAGUCAGGAGGUUUAUAAAGCCAGUCUGCCUGAAGACUCUCCUUUAGACACUCUAGUGGUCACAGUUAGUGCAGCUGAUGCUGAUGAGGGACUGAAUGGAGAUGUGACUUAUGAUUUUGGUCACGUGUCUGAGGAUGUAAAGAAAGUUUUUCAAAUUGACCAUAAAAAUGGUCAAAUAAAACUUAUUAGUGCAAUCGAUUUUGAAACUGUUACAUCAUAUGAUUUACGCAUUAAAGCGAAGGAUGGAUUAGGAUUGUCAACAUACACAAAAGUUACCAUAGAUGUCAUUGAUGUCAAUGAUAACAUCCCUGUAAUCUACAUCAAGUCUCUAACUAACCCAGUGCCAGAAAGUGUGCCACCAGGAACAGAUGUAGGAAUUAUCAAUGUGCAGGAUGCAGAUUCUGAUAAUAACCAACAGAUCCGUUGCACUGUACAUGGAAAUGUUCCUUUUAAGUUGGUUCCUUCUAUCAAAAACUAUUAUUCUCUGGUGACCACAGGACAGCUGGACCGUGAACUAGUGUCUGAUUACAACAUUACAAUCAGUGCCACUGACGAGGGCUCUCCACCUCUGUCCUCCUCUAAAACUGUUCAGUUAUCUGUAGCUGACAUCAACGACAACCCACCUGUGUUUGAGGAGCAGUCCUACAGCGCUUAUGUGAGUGAAAAUAACAAACCUGGCUCCACUUUAUGUUCCGUUAGUGCUCGAGACCCGGACUGGAGACAAAACGGUACCGUGAUUUAUUCUCUGUUACCUGCUGAGGUGAACGGCGCGUCGGUGUCCUCCUAUCUAUCAGUUAACGGAGACACGGGGGUGAUCCACGCUGUCAGGUCGUUUGAUUAUGAACAGCUGAGGAGUUUUAAAGUCCACGUGAUGGCCAGAGACAACGGUUCUCCUCCUCUCAGCAGCAACGUGACCGUGAGUGUGUUCGUAUCAGAUGUGAAUGACAACUCUCCUCAGAUACUGUACCCCGCCCCGGAGGGCAGCUCCUUCAUGACCGAGCUGGUCCCCAAAGCUGCACACGGAGGCUCUCUAGUGUCCAAAGUGAUAGCGGUGGACGCGGACUCUGGACAGAACGCCUGGCUGUCCUAUCAGAUAGUCAGAUCCACUGAUCCGGGACUUUUCACUAUCGGUGUGCACAGCGGAGAGAUCAGGACGCAGCGGGACAUUUCUGAAUCUGACAGCAUGAAACAGAACCUGAUUGUAGCAGUGAAAGAUAACGGACAGCCCUCUCUGUCUGCCACCUGUGCCAUGUAUUUACUGAUUUCUGAUAACUUGGCUGAGGUGCCAGAGCUGAAAGAUAUUUCUUAUGAUGACAAGAACUCCAAACUGACCUCGUAUCUGAUCAUUGCGCUGGCGUGUGUGUCCACCUUCUUCCUGACCUUCAUCAUCAUCAUCCUGGGUGUGAGGUUUUGUCGCAGGAGAAAGCCCAGACUGUUGUUUGAUGGAGCAGUGGCCAUUCCCGGAGCUUAUCUCCCUCCUAAUUACGCAGACGUUGAUGGAACAGGAACUUUACGCAGCUCCUACAACUAUGACGCCUACCUGACAACAGGAUCUAGAACCAGUGACUUUAAGUUUGUGUCAUCUUACAAUGACAACACGCUGCCUGCUGACCAGACUCUGAAGGAAAGUCCCUCUGAGUUUGCUGAUAUGUUUGGAGACUCUGAUUCUUCCCCUGAGGUAUGAAUCCCUUUUCAUUCAAUUGCAUUUAACAGCAAGUCUUUAAGUUCCCUAAGGGUAUGAAUACCAUCUUUCUCUGCAGUCAAUGUCACUGAAAAAAAAAAUACAAAUAAGUCCAUAGAACAGUUUUAAGACAAAAGCACAAACAUUGUAAUUAGAACACACAUAAUGCUGAAUCAUAAUCAGAGUGCAAAAAUUAUUUCAAGGAAAUGAGCUUGGAGAUUUAGUUUAAAAAGAGAAACUGAUGCAAUAAUUCUGAGCUCAAGUGGUAGUCUAUUUAAUGUAUUGCAGCAGAGCGGCUGAUUGCUCUACUCCCCAUGGUAGGAAGACAUUCAGGAGGAAUGGACAAGGGUGUGGAGGAUGAAGGUUCAAGCAUGUGUAAGGGAGUGUCAACAUGAAGACAGUCAGAAACACUAGAUGCAAGGUUGUCUACGGCCUAAAAUGGUAAUUAAAGAGGUUUUCAAUUACCUGCAAAUCAGGAGCAAACUGAUGGGAAAAGUUCUUGAGAUGAUUGGGCAGCAUUCAAGGCAAGAAAUGACAAGAUUGAAUAGCAGUCAUGUUGAGUGAGAGGGAGGGGUGAAGACAAAAAUGUUGUGUACAUGUAAAUAUGCAGACUGGGUGAUGAAAUUAAUGAGACAUUGAAAGUGUAACAUGCUAUCAAAGGCUGUCCAAGCUCUUAACAUGUGUUGCAGAUGGGCAACAGAGGAGUUAUCAAGAAAAGGCUAGAAGUUGUCUGGUUUUGUUGGUUUUCUUUAGCCAAGGAGGAUACUCUGAGUUUACCGCUGUUUAAUUUUAGUAAAUUCAAGGAGAACUAGGAUUCAGUUUCUGCAACACUUCCAGUCAGCGUUGUGUGUAGAGGGGGACGUGGGAUUGCUAGUAAAUAGAUUUGUGAUUCAUCAGUAUGUCAGUGAGAACUGAUGUUAUAUGUACCAAGGGAAAGAAGAUAAAUUAUGAAGAGGAGGGGACCCAGGACAUAGCCCUGAACCUGACAUGACACAACUGGACUGAGAUGUGGGUCAUUAAUCACUUUCAUUUAUUAAGCAAAUAAACUGGUGUCAUGUCUGCAUUUGCUUUGAAAUAUAAAGUGGCCCUAACAAAGACCUUUAAUGUACCUUUCUUACUUUGUAAAUGCAUCACAUUUUGAAAAACAAUAGACUGAGUUUUAUUUUUAGACAUCCAUCACAAACAUGGACAAAACAAUAUCAUUCCGAUCAUCAGUACUUGGAUUUUUUUUCUCACAAUACAAAAUGCUCACAUAUGAUUUUCUCUUGGCCUUACGUGUGUUUCGUCUUCAUCUUCCUCCGCUUAUCCGGGUCCGGGUUGCGGGGGCAGCAUCCCAACUAGGGAGCUCCAGACCGUCCUCUCCCCAGCCACCUCCACCAGCUCCUCCGGCAAGACCCCAAGGCGUUCCCGGACCAGAUUGGAGAUGUAACCUCUCCAACGUGUCCUGGGUUGACCCGGGGGCCUCCUGCCGGCAGGACAUGCCCGAAACACCUCCCCGGGGAGGCGUCCAGGAGGCAUCCUUACCAGAUGCCCAAACCACCUCAAGUGACUCCUUUCGAUCCGGAGGAGCAGCGGUUCUACUCCGAGUCCCUCCCGAAUGUCCGAGCUCGUCACCCUAUCUCUAAGGCUUAGCCCAGCCACCCUACGGAGGAAACUCAUUUUGGCCGCUUGUAUUCGCAAUCUCGUUCUUUCGGUCAUUACCCAAAGCUCAUGACCAUAGGUGAGGAUUGGGACGUAGAUCGACCGGUAAAUUGAGAGCCUAGCUUUCUAGCUCAGCUCGCUCUUUUAGUCUUUUAGUUUAUUUUUCUAUAUAUCUUUGUUUAUUUUUCUAGUUUAUUUUGUAUUUAUCCAAACUGAUACGUUUUUAGAUUUGAUAACAUUGAAAAAACUUUCAGACACAAAUACAAAUUUUGUUUUAAAGCUCUCAAGGCAGUGCUUCUUCCUACUUAGCAGUACUUUUAACCAGAUGAUGUGGAGCUGACAGAUUUUUGCCCCCGGGAUGUGUCCAGAUCCAGCUUUAACUAGAGUUGACCAGGUUAUGUUGGUUCUGGCUUUGCAAUUUUGGAUCAAUUUAUUAAUACAUAAAUGCAUUCCCACCAUCCAGGUUUUCAAAAUAUUGUAUUUAUUGGCUAGCCGUAAUGAGCAGUAAUGCAAUCCUGGCAGCAGUUUUUUUAAUGUGUUGUAAUUAUUUUAAGUUAUGUUUAUGCUAUGUGUUUUUGCUUGCUUUGUUUUUUUAUGUUUGUAUGUUUUUAUAACUUUAAAUGCUGUGUUCAUUACUUUGUGUCAAGCUGCUGGGUGUUGAAAGGACUAUAGAAAUAAAAGAGAUGAUGAUGAUGAUGAUGAUGAUGAUGAUGAUGAUGAUGAUGAUGAUGAUCAUGAUGAAUAGUUCUGGCUCUUUUAGGCCCUCCAUGUUUUUGUCUGUUAAAGCUUGUCAGGGCUAUGCCUUCCUGGUCAAGACUCAAAGCAGCCCUUUGCCAGUUAGACCACCUUUAGUAACUGGUACUGGUAAAAGUUGACCUAAACCGUUUUAGGUAUCAAGAAUUCUUUAUUACAUAAUAUGGAUUACAGUUGUUGAAGAAAGUUUAAGGCUGCUUAAGCACGGACACAUUCAGUGGCACACAAUUGGUUACAUGAAACUGUGAGUAGGUGAAUUAUUGAGUUGUUCCUCUUGAUAUAUAUAUAUAU